AUGAAAUUAAUUGCUAUAUUAUUCAUCACCUUUGUAAUUACAUCAUGCAUAUACACACCUGCUGAACGUCAAUUUAAUCAAGAGGCAUUAACAGGAGCUUAUAAUUAUAAUAAUUUACCUGAACCAUAAAAUGUUUCUAAUUGUGGAGAUGAUGAAAUUUAGAUUGAUCUUUUUAAUUUUGUUGGUUAUAUGCUUUAAAAAGCUGAUAAAGCAAGUUUAUCUUAAUUAUUAGGAUUAAAAAAAGAAGUUGAUGACUAUUUUAAUGUAUUUGAGAUUAAAAAUUAUUUAGGCACUCCCAGAAGAAUAUACAAAUUGCUUAUAUGCUGAACCUGAAUUUGUGGAGAUGUGUACUUUAUAUGGAUUGAAAGAGACAGAUAAAAUGGAAUAAAUUACAGAUAAAAUCUAUUAAUAUGCNCCCAAACCCAAACCCCAAACCCCAACCCCUUUGAGGGGUGUUCAUGUUAUGAGUCCUUAAAUAUUACCCUCUUUAUUUUAUUCUGAUAUCCUUAGUUGUCAUGGUCAGCACUCGUUCCCAACUGAUGGAUCGAAGAAGGAAGCUCCUUGGAUGACCCCAAUUAUAACAUCAUCAGAAAUAAAAGUUAAAUUAAUUUUUAGAGUGUAUAUUGCAAACGAUUAUGGAAACCUAUCUAGGGAAUACCAAAAAAUUUUGAAACUUGA